ACCUCCACCAUCAUCCGCACGCUGGCGGUGCUGGAGGGGUCACGAACUAUGACCUUUAACGGAAGACAAAAACAAAACAAAUGUUUGAUGACAUAGCAGAGCGCCUGGGACCCGGAGACCUCACUAAUGACCUUACAUCAUCAUGACGACCAACCUCAAUCUGCUCUCUCAGCAGAAAGUGGACUCUGAGCACGAGGCAGAGGUGUCAUCCUCUCCUUCAGACUCCAUGAUGAGCGAGUCUCCACAGCGCUUUCAGGUCAUCUCCACAGAGCCUGCCACGACACCACAGCGGAUACAGAUUGUAACUGACCAGCAGACAGGUCAGAAGAUCCAGAUAGUGACAGCGAUGAAGCCGUCCAGUGCUCCCAAGCAGCAGUUCAUUCUGACUACGGCUGACAGCUCGGGGGCAGGCAAGGUCAUCCUGGCCUCACCGGACAGCCACAACACCAAGCAGCUCAUCUUCACGGCUGCAGACAGCCUGAUGCCAGGAAGGAUACAGAUCGUCACAGAUCCAGUGUCAAUGGAACGGUUGUUAGGGCAGUCAGGGGACUUGAGCCGACCGCAGCCGGUGGAGUACUGUCUGGUGUGUGGGGACAAGGCUUCAGGGCGUCACUACGGAGCGGUCAGUUGCGAGGGAUGUAAAGGCUUCUUCAAGCGGAGCGUGAGGAAGCACCUGACGUACAGCUGCCGCAGUAAACAGGACUGCGUCAUCAACAAACACCACCGCAAUCGCUGCCAGUUCUGUCGGUUGAAGAAAUGCCUUAACAUGGGGAUGAAGACUGACUGUGAGUUUUCAUCCAAAUCCAGGACACCAUACGAAAACAUGUUGACAAAAACACCCAGAAACAAAUCAGCUGUCCAGAGUGAGAGGAAGCCCAUCGACGUAGUGCCCAGAGAAAAGCACGCCAACUGUGCUGCCUCCACCCAAAAGAUCUACAUUCGCAAAGACCUAAACAGUCCGCUCAUCGCCACGCCAACCUUCAUCUCCGAUACAGAGACAGACGGCUCCAGAUCCAGCUUGCUGGACCAAGGCAUGCUGGUUAAUAUCCAGCAGCCGGUCAUCCAGAGUGAUGGAACUCUGCUGCUGGCCACUGACUCAAAGAUGGACCAUGGCCAGGGGGACUUGGGAACACUAGCCAAUGUGGUGACAUCACUGGCCAACCUGAGCGACUCGCUAAGAGAGAAUCUAAACAAUGGUGAUACAUCAGACAGCCAGCAGGAGGAGCAAUCUGCCAGCGAGAUAACACGUGCCUUUGACACCCUGGCCAAAGUUUUCAACCCACCUGAAGCAGGUGUCGGACAGAGUCUGGCAGAUAAGCCGCAGUGUGUCAGCGGAACAACCAUCCAGCUGAUUGGUCGAGACCAGGAGACCCCCAUCAUUGAGGUGGAAGGACCGCUGCUCACAGACAGCCAUGUCGGCUUUAAGCUGACCAUGCCCAGCCCCAUGCCCGAGUAUCUGAACGUACACUACAUCUGUGAGUCAGCAUCCAGACUUCUCUUUCUCUCCAUGCACUGGGCUCGGUCCAUCCCUGCCUUCUCAGCUCUUGGUCAGGAGGCAAACACCAGCUUGGUGCGAGCCUGCUGGAAUGAGCUGUUUACUCUGGGUCUCGCUCAGUGCGCUCAUGAGAUGAACCUGUCGACCAUCCUCGCUGCCAUCAUCAACCACCUCCAGAGCAGCAUCCAGGACGACAAGCUUUCGGGGGAGAGGGUGAAGCAGGUGAUGGAGCACAUUUGGAAGUUCCAGGAGUUCUGUAACAGCAUGACGAGGUUGGAGACCGACAGCUACGAAUAUGCCUACCUGAAAGCAAUAGUGUUGUUCAGCCCGGAUCACCCAGGUGUGGACAGCAGCGGGCAGAUUGAGAAGUUCCAGGAGAAAGCGUUGAUGGAGCUGCAGGACUACGUGCAGAAAACCUACCAAGAUGACACCUACAGGUUGACCCGUAUCCUGACUCGUCUCCCGGCCCUGCGCCUCAUGAACUCGGCCAUCACAGAGGAGCUCUUCUUCACCGGCUUGAUAGGUAACGUCUCUAUUGACAGCAUCAUUCCUUACAUCCUCAAGAUGGAGACGGCUGAGUAUAACAGCCAGGACUCCGACCCUGCAGAAUGACACUCCAGCACUCCAGCGUUUAACGAUUAGCCAGUCUCCACUUCAGGUACUCUUCUUCGUCUCUCGUGGGGUUUACCGUUGAAAAAGAGUCGGAAAUCCUGCAGCGGCCCGUUUGUUUUUUAACGACGCAUGGUGCAAAGUCAUUCAGGAAUCCUUGGUAGGUGAAGAUAAUCUAGGACAUAAAAGCCAGGAUGACAGUUGGAAUGUUUUCUGGAGCUGAUGUUGAAUUCCUGGCUCCAAACUCAGUCGCUGUGAACUGGAUGGACAAAGGAAUCUUCUGCAGCUGCAACUGUGCUUGUCUCCUUUAAUGUCUUAAUGGCACUUCAAUCUAAUUACAUAUAUAAACCUGAAAUAAGCCUUUCAAAUUGUUUUAGUGUUUUCUAAGCCUUCCCAUGCUCUCAUGUUGAUCACAUACAUACUUUUGCAUUGGCUUGCAGGUAACAGAUGAGCUGUAUCAACAAGUUCAAACUGAAAUCUUACAUGUGGAAGUGAAACUUCAUCUUUUUAAAGUCUAAAGAUAAUAUAAAUCUGAGUACUUGCUUUUAAAGUGUACUUUGAAGCUGUAAAUGAUUUGUUUAUGUUUGUAUUUGGGAACAUUGGCGCGGGAGAUGCUUAAAUGGCCAUGCUGAUAAAUUGUGGAUUCAAAGGCUAAGAACAGUAUGACUGUUCUGAAUAUCACACAACAAGACAUCGAAACAUGCUUCAUAAAUUAUUUUCUGAGACUGACACCAUUUCCCCCGAGGUGUGAGACAUUAAUGUACAGUUCUUUACUUUAAUUACAUUUAAUAAUAGUUGGAAUGAGAACUCCAAUCAGGUACGAAAACAAUCUCAAACCUCAAUAAUUGAUCCUUAAUCUGUAUUCAUAAGGACUGGCCUUCAUAGCAUUUAUCUACCACACAGUGCAUUACAACAUGACCAACAUCCGAUUUCAUUCAGUUUCACGUCAGCCAAAUCAGCCAGUUAAACUGGCCACAUGUCUUUUUUUUUUUUUUUUUUAACUGAAUGACAUCUCAGAGAUUUUAGCUUUGGGGUCAUUUUCAUGUUUCGGUACAUUUAUUGUUGGAUUAUCAUGGAUAUGUCGCUAAUGUAUAACCUGUGCAAUCGCCUCAUCACUUUUCCCUUUACGACAAUCAAUUAUGUUAUUUCCUUCUAUCCCACCAGUUUCAAUCCGCAUUUUAUAUGUGUAUUUAUCAAUGGCAUUUAUUUCUUUUUAAAGGAAAUAAGAUUAUUUUAAAGAUUUUUGGGUUCAUAAAUGUCUGCGUAUGUUUAGCCAUGCUACUGUUUUUGUACUUGUGUUUGCAUUUGUACUCUGCUAUCUGCACAUCAAUCAGCUUUUGUGGCGUUCCACUGUGUUCAUGCUGACUAACACUUUAUGUUUUCUAAAAACUUUAAUUUGUUGUGAACAUAUUUGCUUGUUGCAUACUAAGUGUACUUAAAGUACUUUUGGGCAGGUUUCCCCGAUCUUAAAACAAAAAAACAAUAUUUUCUGUAUAGCCUGAAUGUCUUAUAAACCUUAUGGAGACAUGCAUCGGCUCACACACUCAUAUAAUGGUUCAGAAUACGCAUCCGCAGCAACAUGAAUGAUAACGGGAAUGUAAAGAAGUAAACAAGGAUUAUGUCUUGUGAAAUAAAUGUCACUUGUAAUAUUUAAGGUUUAAAACCCACCCAGACUGUUUGUAAAGGCACUGUUGUGAAAUAACCUUUGUACAUGUAGUUUCAUUAAAAUGAGUGCAUGAUGUUUUUAAGCCGGGUUUUAUAAUCUUGUCGCUGUCUGCCCUAAUAAGGAGCAUUGUUAUCAAUUUUAUAGUGCAUUGCAGUGCAUGAAGAAGUUGCUUAAGUGCAUUUUAUUAAAUGCUGUAUUAUAAAAAAAAAUGUCAUUUUAAAUGUUGUGGCUUUAAAAUAUUAACCAUGAGCAGCUAACACAUUAGAGGAAAAUAGAUUGGAAAACGUCUGCUUUGUGGAUUGAGUAUCCUAUGGUUUCAAUUUUAUACUAUGUAAAUGUACUUUUGUUUUUCUGCUCAUGUACAUGUAUUUCUUCAAACUUUGAGAUUCAGAAACAACAUUCAUGUUUUGCUCAAGUUUGUCAAAAAAAAACCCACAUUUCUACCUCACAACGACGAAGAUAAAAACAGAUGUAAUAACGAGUGUAUCAGCAUUCCAGUCUCUUGAGGCCGGCUUCUCCGAGGCCGCACGCUAUUAAAGAAAUAAACAAUAAACAA